UCAUUAUUACUGCGAGACUUGUUCAACACAAGUGGGGUUUUAUUUUCUCUUCUUGGAGAUAUGUUGAGCACUUUUAACACAGUUUUGUAGCUCGGAUAAAAGAAAGGAAGCGCGUUUAUUAGGCCUAAAGGUUAGAAGUUCUAAGUUCUCAAAAAGCCAUAGUCUGACUAUGACGUACAUUUUUCUCAAUGAUAUUUUAUAAAAAGAGGUCUGAUAACGUUCUGUUUUCUUCUAUGGGCAUAACGAAGAUUACCAUGCAGCAGGCACAGCAACCACCUGCUGAUGAAGGAACACUAUUUAUAUUGAGACCAAAAACUAUUGGAGGCAAGCCAGCCAUAUUACCUCAAAAGAAAAUCAUAUGUAGAAGACAUAGAUGCCGUAAAAACGACACAUCAUUGAACGGGAACCCAUUUUUAGAAAAGGAUAACGUGGAAUCCAUGCAGAGCAACCAGAAGGAAGCAGAUGCUGCUCAUUCCAAAAACGGAGAAGCAAAAAACCUCGAUGAAACGUUUACCUCCGUUGAGGAAAAUUUGACCAAUGGGCAACCUGUGGGUGAUAAACGUGCCAAUAUUGCUAAUAUCCAAGACAAUCUUGAUAACCUCCCAUGUUCCAUCGAUCAGGCUGUUAUAGAUAGAUCCCACAAUUCACAACCGACUACCAGAAAGCUUGAUAGAGGAGAUAGCCUUGAGUAUACCUCUGACGAAGAAUCGGACAUAUCUAGUGAUAUUUUUGAUGAUAUUUCAGCGUAUGAUUCCCCACUUCCUUCGCACACGCCGCUGGCGGGAGAGACGCUGAACCAGAGAACGUACCUUGCGGCAUGUCAGCGCGAGCAUGUAACCCCGUCCACCCUCGUCUACCGCCGCCUGACAACAACCACCCUCGACCUCAGCCACCAUCCUCUGGGACCUCAGGGAGCCAAGGCCCUGGCCAUUGCCUUAGUAAAUAAUAUUCACGUAACGGACCUCCGGCUCCGAGACGUAGGACUCGGACGUAUUGGAGCGUUGUACAUAACUGAGAUGCUGCAGGAAAACUUAUUUAUCACUACUCUGAAUCUCGCUGAAAAUGAUAUUGGUUCUGAGGCGACUGACGCCCUGUGCAAUGUACUUCAAAAUAACAAGUUAAUAAGGACGCUUGAUCUCUCAGGGAAUUUUCUAACAGACGUCAGUGCAGAGCGCCUUUGCGUUAUGUUACACACGAACGAGACGGUGCGAGACCUGCGUGUAAGGCGUAACUGUUUCUGUGAGAAAGGCGGCAUUGCGUUUGGUAAAGUUUUAGUGGACAAUGCGAGUCUUGUAUGUUUAGAUCUCAGUUGGAAUCAUAUCAGAAGAAAGGGCGCGAUAGCAAUCUGUAAAGGUAUUCAGGGGAACUCCACCCUUCGUAAGCUGAAUCUGGCGUGGAACGGUCUAGAGUUAGACGGGUGCCGCGCCCUGGCCUUGUCUCUCUGCCAGAACGCCGCCCUGCUCGAGCUGGACAUCCGGGCCAACAGAAUCUCACUGGAGGCGCUCAGGGGCCUGCUGAAAGGAAUCGCGAAGAACGAGACGCUCAAGGUUUUGAAAAUUGGUGUGAACCCGCUGACAACAGAUGGAGCCACUGAGAUAUUGCGGGAACUGAUGAGAGUGGGCACGAGUGGACUACGUCACCUUGAUCUCACGGAUGUCUCUGUGGACGAAGAAUUCGUUCUUCUGCUGCAGGAAUUGCGAAACAUUCGACCGCUUCAUAUCCAACAUGGCGUCAUGUUACGUCACGACGCGCUGGAGAAAGUCGAGGUUGAUGACGUCGUUGACAGUGAGAAUCCUGUCAGCAUUCUCUUUGAGUACAUGCGACAGGAAAAUAUGAGAUUAAUCGAUUUGUUUCAUGUCUUUGACAGAACAAACAGUGAUAAUAUCACCAGAGCGGAGUUCAGGGAUGGAUUCACGAACAUUAACAUAACACUAAGUAGCCGAGCACUUGACGUGAUGAUGAAGCAACUUGAUAAGAACGGGGAUGGUGUUGUGAGUUUUGAAGAAUUCAUGCGAGCUCAUCGUGAUUAUAGUCGGAAGUUACGGAGAAUUCAACAAAGAUCUCGGACUCCGGAGAGCGCAGCGGAUCAACCCCCGGAUCAAAUUACGCUAUUGCGGGAAAAAAUCAAGCGCUUGACUGCAAGGAAAGGGUCGAUUGGCGGUCGUGGCAAUGAGGAGGGACAAAAGACUCUACCUGGGGGACGGAGUUUUAAACUGCGGCAAAAAAUACAAGAGAUAGUUGCAAAGAGAGGGUCGUUGACAGCUGUCAGUAGUAACAGCAGCACCCAAGCACAGUAAUGCAUUUGUUAAACACGUGCAUUAACUUUUUCUUUCCCUUUCUCUUU